AUAGCUUGAGUCGUCUGCUAGUAUUGUGUAUCACAUGGAGAGCCCAGCCGAGAUGCCAGUCUAUUAAGACUACAACUGGUAAACUCUCGAAAAAAAAAAAAAAUAGAAAAUAAAAUUUUCAAUAGAAAUAUUGUGUUUAUUAUACAGUAGAAGAAAAGUCCAACCCCGUACUGCUUACCGUUUUUAAUUAAAUUGCUUCUAGAAUUUUUGAGAAGAGUUUAAAAAACUUCUUCGUAUGGUUUCCCGUGGAGAUUUUUUCGAUUAUCAUCUUUCUCCUUCUUCUUCUUCAUGCAACAUCAAAGCGCCAAUAAACCUACCGGCAAUAAUAACGAACAGAUUUGAUAGAAGCAUGUAGAAAAUUCAUAUAUACAUGUACACAACUGAAAAUUAAUGUGGAUUCUACGAACUACAAAAGUAAAUUCUGUUUUUCUGUACUAUCAGUUACUAUGGCUACACUAGAGGAUAAAAUUUUCGGCGAUAAAUUACAAUAUUAUUGUAGCAGUAGCGAGGGUGAGAGUGAUAAUGAUGAAUGUGAUACGAAAGUUGAAACGCCAAAGUGUAGCAGCAAGCCAACAAGUGUCGGUAUGAACUCAACCAUGGAGCAAUCUCAUUGGUCCGGAAGUACCACUAAUACUGGUCCAAAGGGAGUAAUAAAAGACUGGCAAAGGUUUAAACAGCUUGAAACUGAAAAACGAGAAAGUCAAGAUCGCGAAAAGUUGAAUCUCAUCAAGAAACUCAGCAUUACAGCUCGUUCCGUUGCAGAGGAUGAUAAAGCUAAAGAGCAGGAACAAUUGGACGAUGAACUAGCUGAACUAAUGUCCGAUGAUUUUCUUCUACAGUUUCAGAAAAAGCGUAUGGCGGAGAUGCUAGCUUUGGCGGGAAAGCUACCGAUCUUCGGAACUCUAAAGGAUAUUAAUAAUGGAGAGGAAUUCCUGAAGUCCGUUGAUGACGAGCAGAAGACGGUAACGGUCAUCAUUCACAUAUACGAUCGUUAUGAUGUAGCAUGUAAAAAAAUGAACAAAGCACUCGAGGAACUUGCAUCGGAAUAUAAGAAUGUCAAGUUCUGCAAAUUCAUGAGCUCUGUGGCGGGUCUGAGUAGCUUCUUCAAAUCUAACGGUGUUCCUGCCCUGCUUAUUUAUAAGGGAGGUCAAAUGAUUGGCAACUUUGUGCGUGUUACGGAUGAUCUUAGCGAUGAAUUCAACAGUUCUGACAUAGAAGGCUUCCUUAUAGAAGCUGGAAUUUUGCCGGAUAAAUCUUGCAUGCCAACAAUAGUUAGCGAGUUAUGUUGAAACGUCAAAUAAAAGUAAUUUCAUGUCAUGUAUAACUAAUAUAACUGUAGCGCUCCAUUUAAAUUCCAUAAAAUCAUAAACGGUAUUCUGAAAUAGCUUCAAAGCACUACGUUUAAUCGGCGGUUCAACCAUAAAACUCAUCUCCUUUUGCAUGUAUAAAAAAAUAUAUAGAGUUAUUUUUGUCAAUUCUUUCAAUUAAGUGAUAUGGAAUUAGGUUUAAUUAUUUGUAACAAAACAAAAUUAUUGAUAGUUGGCAAUAUAUUUUCUAUUAUUAGUCUUAUUUUUCAAAAUAAAA